UUUGCAGCUUAUAAAUAAAUGAAAAUGUCUAUACAUUCUUUUAUUGGUCCAAUGAUUCAUAGUACAGUUGAAGGAGAAUUAUUUGCACAUGAAAAUGUUCAAAUAGAUAUUAAGAGUGGAAUAAUUGAAAAAGUUAUUUUGAAUCCAAAAUUAGAUAAUAUUGACAAAGACAAUGUAAAGAUUUUAAAAGAUGGACAAUUUCUAAUUCCUGGAUUCAUCGACGGGCAUAUUCAUGCCGUUCAAGUACCAAAUAUUGGCCUUGGUUAUGACAAACCUUUACUUGAUUGGCUUCAAUUAUAUAUCUUUCCACUUGAAAAAGAAUUUAAAGAUAACAAAUUUGCUGAAAAAGUUUUUGAUACUGUUGUGAAAAGGACGUUACAGGCUGGAACUACCACAGCUUGCUACUUUGCCUCGUUGUAUACGGAAGCAUCAUUGGUUCUUGCUAAGAAAGCUGCCAUGUAUGGUCAAAGAGCAUUAAUUGGUAAAGUUAAUAUGAAUAAUUCUCAAGUUACUAAUUAUUUUGAAAAUUAUGAGAACUCUAUAAAAGAAACCAAAGCAUUCAUCGAAGGCGUUAGAAACAUAUAUAGCCCAUUGGUACAACCAAUUAUAACACCAAGAUUUGCGUUAAGCUGUGAUAUGAAAUUAAUGGAAUUAUUGGGUGAUUUGGCUAGAAAAAAUCAAAUGUACAUACAGACACACAUAUCCGAAAAUGCAGAAGAAGUGAAAGCCGUUAAAGCUCAUUUUACGGAGUAUUCAUCCUACGCAGCAAUUUAUGAUGCAGCAGGCAUACUCACGAAUAAGACAAUAUUAGCCCAUGGCAUUCAUUUAUCAGAUAGUGAAUUAGCUAUUAUUAGUAAACGAAAAUCUGCUGUUAUUCACUGUCCAUCAUCGAAUACAUGUUUGAAAAGUGGUCUUUGUAAUGUGCGCAGAUUGCAAGCGGCAAACAUCAAAAUUGGAUUAGGAACUGAUGUAUCCGGUGGUAGCUCCAUAUGUAUAUUGGAUGCUAUGCGAUCGGCUCUUCAGGUUUCCAUUCAUUUGUCAUUUUCGAAGCCCGAGUACGAACCACUCAAUUAUAAAGAAGUAUUUCAUUUGGCUACCCUUGGUGGAGCAGAAGCUCUGGCUAUGAACGAUAAGAUUGGUAAUUUUAUACCAGGAAAGGAAUUUGACGCAUUGGUGAUUGAUUUGUCGGCUUCUGGUUUUGCAUUUGAGAAUAUGCAAGAGCACUCUCUUGAGCAGAAGUUGCAAAAGCUUAUAUAUUGUGGCGACGAUCGUAACAUAGUGGAGGUAUACGUAUCAGGCCAGCGCGUUGUAUAAACCAAUAUACAUUAAUUUAUGAAUUGUAUACUAUUAAGAAGUAGAGAAUCUCAGAAGUAGACACCUCUGAGAUAA